AUGGAAACUACCGAACGAACCGUGUCGACCGUUGCAGGCGGCAGCAGGAAAAUCGCUUUCAGUGUGGAAGAGGCCCAACAUUCCUUUAAGACCACCGAUAAGAAUAUUACAGUGGUGUGUACCGAGGGCAAACAUGACCGUGGUAGUUCGAAGAUCAAGCUGGUCAAUGUGGUCAACUUCAAAUGGGAACAGAAAAACUACCCUGGACGGUUGAUAGCCUGUCACAAGGACUGUUUUCUGCUCGCGUACUCAAUUCGAGUAACGAAGCAGUCCAAGAGCGAAAGCAUGGUACGGGUAGCCCAUUUGGAUCUUCCCGAACGAGGUCUGAUUAAAGGACUGUCAGAUGAAAUUCUUGACCUGCAGUUCUCGCACAACAGCACCUACGAUUGUUUGCUCGGCAUCAUCGAACGGACAACUCUGCACGUCCACAAGGUGCUGGUGAAAGGUGAAAAGGUAACCACCGCGCUCAAGGUGAAAAUCGUCGAUCCGCUCGAUGGGCACGUCCCGACAUGCGACCGCAUAACCUGGUGUCCGUACAUGAGCGAUGGUGCCGAUUAUAGCGAUGAUUUCGCCAAGGAGCUGCUCGUGUGGACCCGCGGACCAACGUUCCAGUGCUACAGUAUUAGUGCGCUGGCAAAAUCGUACAUCGACACGACCGAUCUGAAAGCGUCCGAUAUCGAAGAGGGUGGUUUUAAGGCGAACGAUGGGGAUGCAAUCAUCACGGGCAGCGUGUUCUCCGACGAUGGUACCACACUGGCGCUCAGCUCGAACGACGGUUUGAUCCGGUUCUAUCAGGUGUACCAGCACGCGAACGAUCGCUCACCGAGGCGGCUGCAUAUGUGGAAGCCGCACGACGGCAAACCGAUCACAAGCUUCUUCUUCCUGGACAAUUACACCGAAACGGUGAACAAUAAAACGAUCUGGAAGCAUGCGAUCACCUGCGCGGAGAACAACUCGGAAAUCAAGGUGUGGUGUUGCGAAUCCUGGGAGUGUCUGCAAACGAUUCGUUUAACGUCCUCGGUCGCCGAUGCAUCGCUUCACUUUAAAGCAGAAAUCGACAUCUCCUCCACGUAUCUUGUGCUUACCGAACGUAACACACGUCAGAUUUACGUGAUGCAGAUACGGAAAGGAAAAGGUGCCACCUCACCCGAGGCCGAACCGGUGGUGCAAUCGAAGAAGAGCAUCAUUAGCAAGGGCGGCACUCGUACGAUCGUUCAGCCGUACAUUGUGUCGAUCGCGGAGUACCCACUGUCGGCAUCCGUGUUAGGGUUUGCCAUACUGUACGCAACGGCCGGCAACUCCAAGUACGGCGAUUAUGAGGACGAAGAUGAUGAUGAUCAGUCGGCACAGAAGUGUGUUGUCAUUCGUAUGUUUUUAGUGCAACCAAACAAUCUGCAGGACUGUACGCUGAUGUACGAUGCGAUACCGGAAAGCGAGAGCGAACCACUUACGAAGGAGCUAACGGACGAACCGGACCGGGAUGUGGACGUGACGGAAAGGCAGGAAAAUUCUUCCUCAGCGUCUUCGUCCGCUUCGAACGAAACGACGGACAAUGUAUCGGAUCCACCAUCGGAAGAGGAAGAUCGUUCAUUGGAUGGCGGUGGUGGUGGUAACGAUGGUACGGCAUUGAAAGGGAAACCAUCGAAGGUGGACGUUAAGAACGGUGAUGCCCAAGAUGGUGACGGAUCAGAUAAUCCCAGUGUGGUGGAUGACCCGAUAGUGCUUAAAAUGGCGGAAGCAGCACAAAAAUUAAACGACGUGUUUGUAGGAAUCCGUACGACACAACCUUCGACGGAAAGAGCGAUCGUUGCGGGUACCAGCGCACCGACGACACCGGCCAGCAGCACCAAAGUGAAUCUUAUGACUCCGGACUCCUUCAGCACACCAGCUACCGCUUGUAGCAGAUCCGCCGGAAAGGAGAACCUGAAAGAUGUGCGCAUUAUCAACCUUUCGGAGCUGCCCUACCCCGAAAUGGAAACGAUCAUGAAUCAGUACGAUCGGCGAACCGCCGGUAGACGGCGUGGCCGUGGGUCUGCGAUCAACGUGACCACCACAUCGACCGAUGGCGCAAGGAAGCCCAAUUCGUCCGCCACUAGCACGGCCAGCGCGAAUGGCAGUGUGUCUAGCGAUGGUAAUAGCUCCGACGACGAAGAGGAACCAGAAGAAGAGGGUGGUGGCAACACUAGUGUCGCUUCGGUGGCCGGUUCGGAACGAAUCGCCAACAUUACCGACGAUCCGGACGAUAACGGGGACAAUGAUGAGGAGGAGGAAGACACGGACGUGGAGCCUAAAGUUGUAUCCACGCAGGGCAAAAAGAGCAGUGGGAAGUUGGGUUUUGCGAGAGCGAAUGGUGUUGUCGGAAGUACGGUCGAGCAAACGAAAGGCAGAAAGGGAAGCCACCCAACUGGAACGGGGCAACCGGGUGGUGUCCUUAGCGUUUCGCGGACACCGUUAAACAUGGAACACUUUACCAAAAUACUCACACUUGACGAAACAGAACCACCGACGGUUCGAGAAAAAAUAAAAAGCGAUGAAUCGGUUAAGCCGGAAGUGCUCAACACGCUGUUUAUGCUGGCAAAGGCCACACAACAACAUCAGCAGACGGAGCCGGCAGCUGCCGUUUCGGAGCUGUUGGCAUCGGUUGAUGCAAAGGCCAAUCAACCGAUCGUACUGCCGACGACGGAAAAACUCGAGCUCGCGUUUGUGAACAUGAUGAAAAGUCUGUCGGAGCAGUCGGAAGAUAAUGCAAACGGUAAAUCGAAGCACCGGAACUCAACCAACGGGCCAGCCAGUAUGGCGCAGGAGAGCGUUAUAGAUACUCCAACCGUACCACCUAUGCCAUCCGCGGAAAUGCUCGCAAGCGGCGGUUCCAGCCCAAGCCGGGAGGUGCAACAAAUUAUGUCUACCAAGGGUCCAGUUAUCAGCAUGGUCGAAGAUCUAUUCUUGUACUCGUGCGUGGAAAGGAAGGACGAUUACGAAGACGAAGAUGACGAUGAGGAGGAGGGCGUUGUUAAUGUGACCGGUCGAUACGAUGAGGAGGAUGGUGUGGUUGUGGUCGUUGCUAACGGUACCGACGACAAUCCGGAUGAGGUGGAUGAGAAAGAUGGGGAACCUGUUGCGGCGGACGCGAGUGUGUUACUGUCUGAGGAAAAGGCUACGGCUGCAGUUUCGGCCCUCAAAGAACCCAUUCCGGAUAGUAGCACUGUUGAGUUGGAGCUUGUGCAGGCUGCCAAGCGCAGCAAGGAGACCGCGCAGGGCAACAGUCCGAGCGACGAGAAAGCACGAGUGGAAACGAACAAUGAACCAACAACGGCCCGUUUUUGGCCAGCGAAAGUACCGACCGAAGUGCCGGCCGGUAAAGCGAACGAUCCAAAACCAUCUCCGGCACAGGAAACGUACGCCGGCGUACCAGCACCUACGGUCGUCCAUAUGCCAGAAGGGUCGAAGCAGAUUGCCGAUCUUAAUGGCAAGCUGGACCGGAUGAUGGAGCUGCUGCUAAUGCAGUCGCGACAGAUCGGGGAGCUGAACAUGCAGCUGGAAGCGAUGAAGAAAUCGAAAGAGGAAGAGCAACGGCGGUGCAGCACGGCACUGAACCGAAUCAACCAAACGCUUCCGAAGAAGAUCGAAACGCAGCUGUCCGCACUGUUGGUACAGCACACGCUGAAAGUGGAGCAAACGCUGGUGACCUGCUUCAACACCCAGCAGGCCCGGUUAACCGAAACACUAACGCACCUACCUCAGGCGAUAAUGGCCCAGCUGUCACCUAAGAUGAUUCCGGUGUUGUUGCAGGAGAUACUAAAACGGGUGAUACCGACCAUUAACGGCAAGCUGGACGUGAUGCAACGUGGAAUAUGCAUGGAACUGGCGGAAAAGUUGCUCGCAAACGAAGGGGCAAUGCGCGAAACCGUCCAGCGAACAAUACGUAGUGAGCCUGUCACGAAGGUGAUAACCGCUGCUAUACAUUCCGGAUCGCGCACGGUAUUCACGGAUGUUUACAACCAAUCGAUGCGGGAAAUCGUGCUGCCCACCUACAGCCAAGAGACGAAGGAACUUUUCACACAACUUAACACAUCCUUUGGCCAUGGCAUUGUAGAGCUAAUGCGAAAGCUCGACGAACACCUCGACAGGGUGGUAAAGAUGCAGGAAUCGACAACCGGAUGUUUAAAAAUAAUACGCGAACUGCCGAAAGACCUUUCCACAGCUGCGGACGACAUCUUUAACGGUUGUGCGCGGAUGGUGCGACACAGCAUGGAGAAGGAUAUGCGGACACUGGAAACGACGCUGCUGAAGUCGAUCCGCGAUCACAUCGGAAAGGAGAUUGAGAAGGGCUUCGAGGCACAAACAUCGUCGCUGGAAGAUUCCGUCCUGUCGGUGGUUCGGUCACAGGCACAAACGCCCGCACCAAGCAAUAUGGACGUGCAGGACCAAAUCAAGCAGUAUCUCAGCGGUGGCCAGAUCAACAAAGCGUUCCACAAGGCGCUGCUUUCAAAUGAUCUGAACCUGGUGGAAUUUCUGCUUGAGCGGGCCGACUACAAGCAGGUGUUUAAUCCGUGUCCGCUCGAGCAAACGGUGCUGCUGUCGCUGAUACAGCAAGUGUCCGCCGAUAUGAGCAACUACAAUGAAUUAAAACAAAAGUACUUGUCGGACGCGAUAGUAAGCCUGGACUUUCAAGAUCCGAUCACGAAGGAACACUCGCCGAAGGUGAUAUUGGAGCUGAUAAACAACUGUCAGAAGUUUAUGACCGACAACCCAUCCAAUCCGCUUUGUACCGGUAUCAAAAUGUUGGUCAUUGCCGCACAGUACAUGGGCUACAAGAAUAUCUGAUAUCUGCUCAAGUAGCAGCAGCAGCAGCAGCAACA